AUGUAUACAUGUAGUCGUUGUAUCAGAAAGGCAUGCAGCCAAUAUGAUAAAGCUGAUGCAUGGGUCAACAUCAUCGAGCAACCUGAUCGUCAUGUGACUGAAAGAAUUAAAACGGAUGGAUGGCGUGUUAAUGUAGAUAAAUCACCUGCUCGUAUGGGCAAGAAACCACGUGUAAGUGAUGGGAAGUGUGGCAUUGCACAAACGAGAGCAAGAAUAGUUGGCGGACAAACGGCGGAAAAAGGAGAGUGGCCGUGGAUGGCAAUGUUAUAUGACACGAGAACAGAGAAAGCAUUUUGUGGAGGGGCUCUUCUUAAAUCUAAAUGGGUUGUAACUGCUGCCCACUGCAUUGUGAAAAAGGGUGUAACAAAGAACACUUUGCGAUUAUAUCUUGGCAAACACAUUGCCGACGUGGUUGAAGACGGGGAGAUUGAGGUCGAAGUUGAUAAAAUCACUAUGCAUCCGAAAUUUGACAAACGAACGUACAACGCAGACAUCGCUCUCAUUCGACUGAGAAAGCCUGUAAAUUUCACGGAUUAUAUAAAGCCAGGUACUGUGCAUCAGUUUAGUACACAAGAUAUGUGUACGUCACAAACACAUGGUGUCUAUGUUAAUUAA